AUGCACUAUGUUACCACUGAUUGUAAAAUGCUCAAUUGAAUUAAAAAAAAAAAAGACAGAAUUUCAUUUUGAUCCCACCAAACUGCGUGAGUGUUACCAUGUCACCUGCACUAACUGGGGGGAAUUUAAGCAUGUCAACCAUAGAUGUUUCAUUCAGCUGGUCCAGCUGAAAAAAGACACCGCCCAAGUAGACGGAUUUGAAGAUCCGAUGGCAUUCCAAAAUGAGGAUGAUGACGAUAAUGAAGAGAAAGGUCCACCCCCUCCCCCGUCUUAAAUUUCGCUGAUAUCGAAUGUUCGUUAACUGAGGAAAGAGUAUUUAUACCCAUCCUAAUCUGCUGGUCGUCUGAAGAGGAUGACGAGAUAUUUCAUAGUGAUUCCAUCGAGGACUUCCUCCAGGCCCUGGAAGACCUUACAGAAGUGUAAGGAGAUGAAAGACCCCACAAAGUCAUCUCCUUCUUCCAUAACAUGAGAGGCUUUGACGGGAACUUCAUUUUAGAAGCACUGUAUGACCAAGGACGAGCGGCCUGAAAACCUCUAACGCGGGGUGCAAAAAUCCUUCAUUUUGAGUUAAGGAACUUGAUCGUUAAAGACUCGAUGAAUUUCUUUGCCAUGGCACUUGAGAAAUUUCCAGCUACUUUCAAUCUUCAUGAGCUCCACAAAGGUUUUUUUCCUCACGCCUUCAACCGUGAAGAAAAUUUUGAGUAUUCUGGCGAGUACCACCAAAAGAAGAUUACCAUCCAGACGAAAUGGAUAGUAAGAAGAGAGGCAAGUUUCCGGCAUGGCACGCCCGCAAAGUCGCGGAACAAGCAGUGUUCAACUUUCAAGAGGAGCUAUUGAAGUAUUGCGAAAGCGAUGUCAAGCUAUUAAAAGAAGGGUGUUUGAAGUUUGUGGCGGAGUUUGAAGAAAUUGCCACCUUCAAUCCUCUCGUAGAAGCAGUCACGAUUGCCAGCACCUGCAAUCUCUUCUGGCGACGAGAAAAAGUGGAGACCGAUCUCAUUGCCUUAGAAUUGAAAGGUGGGUGGCGUGGAAACCACAUCAACCAAAGUAAAAUCGCUUUGGAAUGGUUCCAUUAUCAAGAUCAUCUUUUGGGAGGGAUGGGGCGUGUCCGCCACUUACGCAAUGGCGGGGAAGUACAAGUCGGCAACCCAGACGAGAUGGUGUACGUGGAUGGCUACGACGAGACCACCCAUACCAUCUUUGAAUUUUACGGCUGCUACUAUAACGGGUGCCCCCGUUGUUUCAAGCGGCAACGCAAUGUCAGAAGAAAUUGCCAUGCAGACUGUACAGUCAAUGAAGUGUAUGAAGCCACCGAAAGAAAAGCGGCCAUGUUGCGUCUUUCUGGUUACCACGUCGUAGAAAAAUGGGAAUGUGAAUUUCAGGAAGCGAAGAAGACUGACCCUGCCUUAAAAGCGUUCCUAGACGACUUGGACAUGGUCCCUCCCUUAGACCCACGAGACGCCUUCUAUGGGGGCAGAGUGGGGGCUGUCUCCUUGUACGCCAAAGCCGAAGAGGGAGAGAGCAUCAAAUACUGUGAUGUCACGUCCCUUUACCCCUGGGUAAACAAAUACAAAGAAUACCCGGUUCGGUUCCCGCUGAUCUAUACCAAUCCCUGA